GCUGCCGGACGUGACGCAGCACGUAGACGCAGCACGUAGUUUGGUGGGAAAAUGAGCCCAGUCGUAUUUUAUUUAGGUUUAAAGUUAGAUUUAUACAUUUUCUGACGCUCAUUUUAUUGCCAAACGAAGCGAGUACAUUAUACACCCAUAAUACUUCGAAAGGUUUAGUCGUAGAAGCCAUUUACGUGCAAUAAAACCUGAUGCUACAGUGUCAAAGCUAACACUGCCUAUUCUGGCCAUUGUUUGGUAGCAUGUUAGCUCUUUAGCCACACGUUAGUUUGAGCUGUAAUAAACGUGCAUCUCGUUCAGUAUUCGUGGUUUCCGUGAGCUGUUUUUAGUCUUAUCGAUAAGGGGACGAGUAGUUUUCAUUAGAGAUAUCGGGGACACGUGCUGGAUGCUAACAAAAACAACAGCAACAUGCCAGAAAUAAAACUCAAGCACGUUGUGUCCUGCAGCACAGAAGACACGACGCACAAGGCAGACAACCUGCUGAGUUCUGACACCUACAGAAAGUGGAAAGCAGCUAAACCAGGAGAAAAACAGACUUCAGUCAUCAUUCAGUUUGAAAAAGAGGAGCAGGUGCACAGCAUUGACAUUGGAAAUGAAGGAUCGGCAUUUAUUGAAGUCUUGGUGGGCAACUCCUCAGCUUCAAGAGACCAGGACUAUGAGGUCCUCUUGGUGACAUCCUCUUUUAUGUCUCCAACUGAGAGCCGAAAUGGCACUAACUUGAACAGAGUGCGCUUCUUUGGGCCUGGUCAGCUGCAGAAGAGCACAGCACAGGAGAAGUGGGACAGAGUCAAGAUUGUCUGUACCCAGCCGUAUUCCAAGAAUAUAGCGUAUGGUCUGGCCUUUGUCAAGUUCCACUCGCCUCCAGAUAAGAAUGACCCUCCACCAACUUCUCCUAAACUGACGAAGCUGGGACAGUUCAGACUGAAAGAUGAGUCUCCUUCAGCCGGAUCCAGCCUUCAGCCCGGAAGCCUCUUCAGCGCCGCCAAGUCUAGUGGUGAACUUAAAGCAUCUCCUCAGAAGGAGAGGUUGAGUUACGCAGCAGCUGCACUGAAAACCAGUGGUAGCUCCCACUCAGCCAGCCAGGCCUCUUCCUCCAGCUCUGCCUCUCCACAGGCUCCCGUGAAAAGAAAAUUUGAGUUUAGCCAAGAGCGGCAGUCAGCGCCCGGCCCUCCACCUGCAAAGAAAACCAGUCCUAUGGGUUCACCUGAAAUCAAAGCCACUACACCCAAACACAAGGCCAGUCCAAUCAGCACUCCCAGCUCUGCAAAAGCUCCAAAACCCUCUGAAAAGAAGAGGGAAAGCCUAUCCAAACCAGAAGUCAAACCCAAAGUACAGAAAGCCAAAGGCAAGAGCAGCCAGCAGGUGCCAUUUAACCGCAUCAUGGAGGGGGUUGUGUUUGUGCUAAGCGGCUUCCAGAACCCUUUCAGAGGAGAGCUGAGGGAGAAGGCCCUGGAGAUGGGAGCCAAGUACAGGCCAGACUGGACCCCAGAUGCCACGCACCUUAUCUGCGCCUUCGCCAACACGCCCAAGUACAGCCAGGUGAAAGCAGCAGGGGGCAUCAUCGUGCGCAAAGAGUGGGUAAUGGACUGCCACAAGAGGAAGCAAAACAUCUCCUUUAAGAGGUAUUUGAUGGAUGGCGCAGAGUCGAGUUCGGAGAGUGAAAUGGAGGCGGAUGACCAGAGUGAUGAGGAAGUAAACACAAAGACGCCACAAAAGAGACAGGUCACCCCCAAAAAGACACCGCAGAAGAAAGAUGAUGAUGAAUAUGGCGGCUCAACGGACGUAGAUGAAGCAGGAGGCCGUGAUGAAGACGAAUCAGCUGUGGACACCGAAGAUGAACUCCAAAGAGUGGAGGAAAACAACAUGCAGAAGAAAGCGGCUGCAGCAGUGAAGGAGGAGGACGACCCGUAUGGAGGCUCCACAGAUGAAAACACAGACGCUGAGGCUGAACAGGACUACCCCAUCCCCGAGCUGCCAGAUUUCCUAUCGGGAAAGCACUUUUUCCUCUAUGGUAAAUUUCCCAACAAUGAGCGCCGGCUGCUUUUGCGGUACAUCGUGGCUUUCAAUGGGACCAUUGAGGACUACAUGACGGAGAAGGUGCAGUUUGUAGUCACCAGUGAAGGAUGGCAAGACUCCUUUGAAGAUGCAUUGAUGGAGAACAGCAAUCUGAACUUUGUCAAACCAGCUUGGAUUUACUCCAUCAACGAGCGCCAAAAACUGCUGCCCUACCAGCCGUACACGGUUGUUCCAUGAACAGUACACGGAGUCUUUGAUGAAAACACAGUGAGCAAAGCCAUGCAAUUCUUCCAUUUGGCGAAGCAAUACCUUUCUGGAGCCAAGAGUAUUAUCCAUUACAUUAGAUUGGUGCUUGUUUUUUUUUUUUCUAAUAAUUUUUACGAAGCAAAUUUUGUAACUUUGGAAGUUUUCCCAUUCAUCUACUGGCCUCUGAUCACCUCUGCUUCCUCUGGACUUGUCUGAGAAUGAAUUACUUCCCUGUUCUGAUGGCCUGUGGCACUGAUAAGACUAUUACUUAUGGAAGCAAGGACUCUGCCAAAGUCAGGUGUUGGUUUUUAGGGAUGGUAUACCAGUUAUCGGCAAUAUAGGUGAUAUCAGAGGAUUUUCCCAGAUAUCGAUCGGAUAUUGAAAAUUUUGCUGAUAUUUGGCACCGAUAUUUUUUCUGUACUACCCUAGUCUCUGUGCCCAUGUGUCAUUCCCAGUUUGUCCUCCAUGCAUCAGAACUGUCUUUUUCGUGAAAAUACUAAUUUAUAUUCAGAUAAAUACAUUGUUACCUUUUUUUACAAAAGCAAGAAGUUAAUUUGUAAACUUUACUAUAACUGAACAUAAAUUUGGUCUACUAUAGAUUUUAAAUGGUUAAUAUCAAUAUUGGCAGAUAUCGGUUAUCCGACGAACACCAAAGACAAAUAUCAGGUAUCGGUAUCGGCUCAAAAAAAAUAAAAAUAAAAUUAUAAUCCGUAUCGGACCAUCCCUAUUGUUUUUAAAGCUUCUCUGAUGAAUUGAAAAAUAUAAAGAGAAUUGGAGUAAAUUAAUAAAAUGAAACGUGUGCUCAUUUUGAUCACGCAGCUAGGCUUUCUAAGGGAUUGUUUGUAGACAUCAAAAUUCUUCUUUGACUGUUGUCUUCCAUGGUUCUAUAACUAGUUCAGUAUAUCAUAAGAAUUUACUGCCUUCUACCAUUUAGCACUCUUUGGCUGUUCAUUCACAUUUCAGGCUCAGUUGUGACUAAUGCUGAUUAGUUCACUGAAGAUCUGUUGCAGUGUUUUUCAAACUGUGGGACAUGUACCUGCUGGAGGCUCUCAGGGACUUGGGCAGUUAUAGUUAUUUUAUUGUUUUAAUCUGAAACAAUUAUAUUUAUACCUCAGUCUGCUUUAUAGUUGGGGCUAGUCCUCUUUUUGACCAGUUUUUUUCUACUUCCAUCGAGGUUUACUUAUGUUUAGGCCGAUUUGAGCCCCCUUUAGAUCUGGUUCUGUCCAUAUAUUAGCAAAACUGUAUGAGAUGAAACUUAUGAAAAGUUCGAGAAACACUGAUCUUUUACAUUGUACUUAACCUGUGCAUAAAUGCAAACACGGCCAUGUUGUUUCCACAUGUACGAGUGGGAACGACUGAAUGUUUUAUUACAGAUAGAUUGUGUUUUUUUAUGUCUUUGUGUUUUUCUGUUAUUUGUGAUGAAUGAAGUGGCCUUGAUUGACAGGUAAGCCCAAAACAGUCACAAGUCCACAGCCUGGCCAGUCGAUUCCGCACUCAAGUCUGUCAAAAAUGAAAUCCUAAAGCAAAUGAAUUUUCUCUGUUCCAAACUGUGGUGGCUUGUGUCCAGUUGAUUAAUAAGGUGCUGCAUUUGUGUUGUUUUUUUUUAUUUAUUCUGCUCUAUAUUCAAACCCAGGCUGGCCAGGCUAGUGUCACUUGGGUAAUAUGUUUUUUGAUUAGUGAAAUGUUAAAUUAACUGUUAGCUUGAGUUCCCUAUUCAUCCAGGACAACUUCUGUUCAGGACUCUUUAUAACUUUUUUUCUUAUAGUUGUUACAGUAAUGUUAUUUUGAGACAAUAAAAUAUUUUAACUAUU